AUGCCUGAGAAAUAUCUUCCAAAGCCGGAACGGCCACUGAAAGUGCUCACGUUAGAAGGAGAUGGGCUUCAAGGAGUAGCUCAACUUGUCAUACUCAAGGCACUGCUUGCCAAGAUCGCUGAGAAGCGUGGCGAACCCGGUAUUUCACUAAGGCCAUGCGAUGUCUUCGGCGUUAUCUGCGGCAUCGGCGGUGGUGGAUGUCUUGCUCUUUUACUUGGACGAUUCCAUUUGAGUACCGACAGAGCUCUCUGCGAAUGGAGAAAGUUUGCACCGACGUGUAAGAAGGAAAAUGAGCACCCAUCAGUUCUAAUUAAUAACUGGGAGUUCGAAGACGCUGUCCGUCGCCGCGAGGAACAAUAUAAGACGGGAAGGAAGCUCAUGGAUUCCGGUGCGGAACAAACAUCCUGUCGCCAUGUUUUUGUCGCGGCCAGAGCUGAUACAAUUGACCCAAGAUGGAUCAUCUAUCGCGCUUACGAUGCCCUCAAAAUAGAGGGUGCCCUCGCGGAUCCCCUAGAACCCAAUGAAUGCCAGCUCUUGAGCGCAUUUGUGGGAACAAUCGCAACCAAGUACUUUUCAGACCCGAGGGAAAUGACAGAUUCCACCAACACAACAACGAAUUUGCUCAACGACUUUCCCAAUCAACUAAAUAUCGAUCAGAUUGCUGCACACGAGAUCUGGGCACUCUACGGGGUCGAAAACGUGAAAGAUUCAAUAUUUGCAAACAUUGGGCCCGGUCCUCCGCACCACAGCGAGGUUAGAAAGAUCAUGGGCGUCAAGCACAGCUGGUCAAGCAUUCCAUCUACCAAUUUAGACCGCCAAGUGUACCCAAUCAACAAUGUCAAGCAAUUUCAUCCCGUUCUUGAAAAGUCCGUAAGGGGUGCAGUAUUCGGGGAAGAGGACAUCUUGCGAAAAGUUAGUGAUGAAACAAAGGUGUGGUUACAAAAGCAUAAGGUGGCUGACACUAUAGAACAAUGUGCUCAAGAGAUAGUUUCUUUGGAUUCACAGCUCUUGAACGCUUUGCAGCCUUCAACUUCUGGUAUGCCACCACCUCCUUACGAUUAA